CUCUCCGCUUCGCGUUGUACCGCAUGUUCGCAAAUAUGGAAAUAACAUCUGCAUUGAAGCUUGCACAGCGAUUCUUGGAACGAUCGCGAAUAAAAUAUAUCCAGAUAUUUCUCCCUUCCUGAACGUUCGUCAGCCGAGCCUUCGACGAGCGGUGCAAAGAGAAUCCCUGUUAAUGAUCUGGUGCUCGUGCAACGUUGGCCCGCGAUGCUUUCUAUUGGCCAAGCAAUCUCGAGUAAACAGAUAACGACGGAUAAAUAAGAUCUGCGAGUAGAGGGGAUGGGAGACGAGGAGCCGCGGCGCCGAGACACGCGCGCUCAGUCGAUCCGUACUUUCUGCGAGCGGAAUGCACGCGAUUCCACGAUACGCUCCGCAUUUUCGGCGGAUAAGCGGUCUUCCUAAUACAGGAUGUUCCAUUUACCGACCGACCGUUUCCUCCCGCACUUAUCGUAGCGAACAGGGCGUCUACGGGUACAGGCCGAAGGCGACGCGGCAAUUCGAAGUCCCUAAGCAGUACCUGGAGGCGCGAGCGAAGAACAGCAAUUUCUACAGAUUAGUCGCCGCGUACAGGGAAUUCGGUCACAAGCAGGCUGACGUAAAUCCUAUAUCUCUGGAAAAGCCGAGUCCACUGUCGGAACUGAAUCCGGAGAGAUUCGGGUUACGUCUGACGGACAGAGUUUCCUUCGAUGGAAUCCUGUCGACGAAUCGGAAGGAAGGAACGGUGGAGGAAGCCUUGGCGUUCUUGAGAAGCACGUACAGCGGGACUGUCGCUUUCGAAUUCGGCUACUUAGAGUCCGAGGAAGAGAGAGAAUGGUUCGCGGAAGCAGCAGAGAAAUGCACGGCCGAUCCGUUGACGGACGAAACGCGGCUGGCCGUCGCGAGGGAGAUGCUGAAGAGCCAGGCUUUCGACAAUUUCCUGGCCGUCAAGUUCGUCAGCUUGAAAAGAUACGGGGGCGAAGGCGCCGAGGCUAUGAUGGCCUUCUUCCACGAGUUCUUCAAACUGUCCGCAGAUGAGGGGUUGACGUACAUCGUUCUCUGUAUGCCACACCGUGGUAGAUUGAACCUCCUUACCGGUAUGCUGAACUUCCCGCCGGAGAAGCUGUUCCGGAAGCUCCGCGGGUUCUCCGAGUUCCCGGACGGAGUGAAAGCGACGGGCGACGUGAUCAGUCACUUGGUGUCCUCCACCGACCUCGCUAUCGAUGGUAAGAACGUUCACGUGACGAUGCUGCGGAAUCCGUCUCACCUGGAGGCCGUGAAUCCCGUCUCCAUGGGGAAAACGCGGGGGAUAAUGCAGGCUGUCAAAGAAGGAGCGUACGGUGAAGGAAGAGACGCUUGGUGGAGCGACAAAGUGUUGAAUGUUCAAGUACACGGGGACGCCAGCUUCGCCGGGCAAGGUGUGAGCCAAGAGUGUCUGGCUCUGUCCGGUGCUCCGCACUUCGAAAUUGGCGGGACGGUUCACCUGGUCGUUAACAAUCAGCUGGGUUUCACCACGCCAGCCUCCAGGGGAAGGUCGUCGAGGUACUGCACGGACCUGGCGAAGAUGAUCGCCGCUCCGGUAAUUCACGUGAACGGAGAUGACCCUGAAAUGGUCGUUAGAGCUACUAGACUCGCCUUCCAGUACCAAAGGAGGUUCAGGAAAGAUGUAUUCGUUGAUCUGAAUUGUUUUAGAAGAUGGGGUCACAACGAAUUAGACGAUCCAUCGUUUACGAACCCCCUUCUUUAUCAAAUUAUACAGAAUCGCCCAUCAAUACCGGAUCGUUACGUAAGUAGACUGGUGGAAUCGAACGUUUUCACCGUGGAGAAAGCUAAGAGCACCGCCGACAGUCAUACUGCCUGGUUGAAUCAGUCUCUGAAACAAGUGGACUGUUACGUUCCGCAGCCUACUUACUUUACGAGCUUGUGGACGGGAAUGCGACAGGCCGAUGCCACUUUGACUCACUGGGAUACGGGGGUUGACCUAAACCUACUGAAAUUCAUCGGUGGAAAGAGCGUCCAUGUCGAUGACGAUGAUCUGGCCAUUCACCCGCAAUUAGCGAAGAGUCACGUUGAAUCGAGGUUGAAGAAAGUGACCAACGACGACUCUUUGGACUGGGCAACCGGUGAAGCAUUGGCUAUCGGUAGCCUAUUGUAUCAGGGCUAUAAUGUCAGAAUCAGUGGGCAAGACGUGGGUCGAGGGACAUUUUCUCACAGGCACGCUAUGCUUGUCGAUCAGUCGACGGGGAACAUACGAAUACCUUUGAACUCGAUGACCGAGGGUCAGACGGGAAAGUUGGAGUUGGCUAACAGCAUUCUAUCGGAGGAAGCGGUGCUCGGUUACGAAUAUGGAAUGAGUAUCGCGCUACCGACAACUCUGACCAUUUGGGAGGCACAGUUCGGAGAUUUCUUCAAUGGGGCUCAGAUCAUCAUCGAUACCUUCGUGACCAGCGGCGAAACAAAAUGGAUGUUAAACAGCGGUCUGAUUCUCCUGCUGCCUCACGGCUACGACGGCGCUGGUCCUGAACACAGCUCGUCUAGAAUAGAAAGGUUCCUACAGCUGACGGACAGCAAAGAGGACAAACCGGAUGGAGACGACGUAAAUGUGCACGUCGCAAACCCCACAACCCCAGCACAAUACUUCCAUUUACUGAGGAGACAAAUGGUCAGAGAUUUCCGAAAACCUUUAAUUAUAGUGACUCCGAAAACACUGCUACGGCAUAAAGCUGCGACAUCGUUGUUACGGGACAUGGGACCGCAAACCAAGUUCGUCAACGUUAUAGGGGACGAGAAAGUGGCGAAAGCAGACGUGAAUAAAGUAAUCCUGGUUAGUGGAAAACACUUUUAUGCUCUGGAUAAUUAUAGAGAUUCCACAGGACAGAAGAAUGUUGCCAUCGUUAGGCUGGAAAGCUUGUGUCCUUUCCCAGUUCAUGAAUUAUUGGAAGAGAUUAAUGGAUAUGUCAAUGCUAAGACGUUCAUUUGGAGUCAAGAAGAACCGCGAAAUAUGGGGUUCUGGAGCUUCGUGAAACCUCGUUUCGAAAAUUUAUGUGGUAGACGCUUACAGUACUGCGGGCGUAGAUCUAUGCCUGCUCCAGCUGUCGGUGAAGGGCAAGUGCAUCAGCAGGAAGCUCAGGACGUUAUUAGUAAACCUUUCGCUGUGAAAUGAUUUAAACGUGAAACAUACGAAAUAUACUCUUCGGAAGUUCAUUAUAUUCUAUUUUAUUUGUACACGUGAGUCAACUGUCAUAAUCACAUUCGAGAAAGAUAUUGGACAUUAAGACACAUAUUAGAAAUUACAUUUUUAUCACUAAUAAUUUCAUUACCACUUUCAUUUUCUAGGAAACUCGGUAAAGCAGAUAUAAGCAAAAGCAUAUCUAUUUGCCAUUAUUACGAUAAAUUUUUUAAUUACCUAAACGACAUUUUUACAAUUACUUUAAAACAAACACUGUUUGUCUAAAUAGCUUCUUCUUUAUAAAAAUAGCGACGAAAUAAAAUAUCAAUUGUAUUAAUGAGGAGAAUUACCUUACAAGAUUGCUAACUAGUAACAUAGUUAUUCUGUUUUAGCAUUUUCAGCUUCCAACCUUUCAUGUUCUCUCUUUAUAAGGUCUCUCAA